GACAGCUGGGACUGGACCACGACAAAGCAGAGUCAUCGAGAGCUCCAUCCACGUCUUCCAUGUGCCACAUGGGUGGCAUGAACAAAGGUACUUGAGGCUUCAUCUGCAGCUUACCUGGUCAUUUUAUUGCUUUGAAAACUUGUAGUUUGGAGAAGUGACAGCACAGAGUGGCAAGCUAAGCUGAACUAGCUAAAGUUCUGUUACUGCAAAAUAUUCUUACUGUUACUCUGCUCUGUCCUGGUUCAGACUGUCAAAUACUAAUUCUCUGGCUGCUGACUGCAGAUUGGAAUGACCAUGUCUGACUCAGUAAUUCUUCGUAGUGUGAAGAAAUUUGGGGAGGAGAAUCACGCUUUUGAGCCAGAUGGAUCACCUAAUAAUGAUAAGAAAUCAAGGUCAAAAGAUAAGAAGAAAAAUGAUGGCAUUCGAGUUGGCUUCUUUCAGUUGUUCCGGUUUUCUUCAUGGAGUGACAUUUGGCUGAUGUGUGUGGGAAGUAUAUGCGCAUGCAUCCACGGGAUAGCCCAGCCCGGCGUGCUACUCAUUUUUGGCACAAUGACAGAUGUUUUCAUUGACUAUGACACUGAAUUACAAGAACUCCAAAUUCCAGGAAAAGCCUGUGUGAAUAACACUAUAGUAUGGGUCAACAGCUCCCUGAACCAGAAUGUGACAAAUGGAACACGCUGUGGGUUUCUGGACAUUGAAAGUGAAAUGAUCAGGUUUGCCAGUUACUACGCUGGGAUUGGUCUCACAGUAUUUAUCGCGGGAUAUAUUCAAAUAUGCUUCUGGGUACUUGCUGCAGCUCAUCAGAUACAAAAAAUGAGAAAAUUUUACUUUAGGAAGAUAAUGAGAAUGGAAAUAGGAUGGUUUGACUGCUAUUCAGUGGGAGAAUUGAAUACAAGAUUCUCUGAUGAUAUCAAUAAAAUCAAUGACGCCAUCGCUGACCAACUAGCCAUCUUCAUUCAGCGCAUGACCUCAGCAGUGUUUGGCUUCCUGUUGGGAUUUUACAGAGGUUGGAAACUGACCUUGGUUAUUAUCUCUGUCAGUCCUCUUAUUGGAUUUGGAGCAGCUAUCAUAGGUUUGAGUGUGUCUAAAUUUACAGACCUUGAACUGAAGGCCUAUGCCAAGGCAGGGUCUGUGGCUGAUGAGGUCAUUUCAUCUAUGCGGACAGUGGCUGCUUUUGGUGGUGAGAAAAAAGAAGUUGAAAGGUAUGAGAAAAAUCUUAUAUUUGCGCAACAAUGGGGGAUUAGGAAAGGCAUAGUGAUGGGCUUCUUUACUGGAUACAUGUGGUGUCUCAUCUUCCUCUGUUACGCACUGGCUUUCUGGUACGGCUCAAAGCUCGUCCUGGAUGAAGGAGAAUAUUCACCUGGAGCCCUUGUCCAGAUUUUCCUCAGUGUCAUAGUUGGAGCUUUAAAUCUUGGCAAUGUCUCUCCGUGUUUGGAAGCCUUUGCUGCCGGGCGUGCAGCAGCCUCCAGCAUUUUUGAGACCAUAGACAGGAAACCCAUCAUUGACUGCAUGUCAGAAGAUGGUUACAAACUAGACAGAAUCAAGGGUGAAAUUGAAUUCCAUAAUGUGACCUUCCACUAUCCUUCUAGACCAGAAGUGAAGAUUUUAAAGAACCUCAGCAUGGUGAUUAAGCCAGGGGAGAUGACAGCUGUGGUAGGGCCUAGUGGCACUGGGAAGAGCACGGCACUGCAGCUCAUUCAGCGGUUCUACGACCCUUCAGAAGGCAUGGUGACUUUGGAUGGCCAUGAUAUUCGCUCUCUCAACAUUCAGUGGCUUAGAGAUCAGAUUGGGAUAGUGGAGCAAGAGCCAGUUCUGUUCUCCACUACCAUAGCAGAAAAUAUUCGUUACGGCAGAGAAGGGGCUACAAUGGAAGACAUAAUUAAAGCUGCCAAGGAAGCCAAUGCCUACAACUUCAUCAUGGAACUGCCACAGCAAUUUGACACGCUUGUUGGUGAAGGAGGAGGCCAGAUGAGUGGUGGUCAGAAACAAAGAGUAGCCAUUGCUCGAGCCCUCGUCCGAAACCCCAAGAUCCUUCUUUUGGACAUGGCCACCUCGGCCCUGGACAAUGAAAGUGAAGCCAUGGUACAAGAAGCGCUGAGUAAGACUCAGAAAGGGCAUACAGUCAUUUCUGUUGCACACCGCCUAUCCACAAUCAGAACAGCAGAUGUCAUCAUUGGAUUUGAAUAUGGCACAGCAGUGGAAAGAGGCACGCAUGAAGAGCUGCUGGAAAGGAAAGGUGUUUACUUCACCCUGGUGACUCUGCAAAGUCAAGGAACUCAAGGCGAUAAAGUCCUUAAUGAAGAGGAUGAGACAAGCAAGUGCCUUUUCCAUUACACUUUGCCAUUGUAUUAA